AUGAUUAAAAGUUAUAGCUUACAGUAUGUGUCUCAAGAGAUAGAGCAGUUGUAUCGCUAAUCAAUGCUUACUGGUCUCAAAUAUAGAAGGGAAUAUUUAUACGCAGUAGUUAGCACCUAUCUAAUACUAAUUAUAAUCAAGUAUUAGAAUUCGAUGCCCAUAAUAUUUGCUAGUAUUGGUUUGGCAUUAAUAAUUACUUCUUAUAUUGCCAUGAAGAAAUAUCAAUAAUACAAAGAGAUUUUUGUUGUUACUAAUAUACUUUUUAUUAGUGCAGUAAUUGAAAGCUUAAGGCUAUAUGGAUAAGAAUCUAAUUAAUGGUAUUAUGGCUAUCACUCAUCUGUUCUAAAAAUUUGUAAUAACUUAUCAUUUAUCAUAGUAAUUUAUUUAACUGGCUCCUCAUUCAUCUUUUAAACUUUUUUUUUUCUCUUAACAUAAAUUGGAAGCUUUUAUAACUUCUAAACAUUUGAUAUAUAAGCUAUUGUCUCAUAGUGUAUAAUUUCUAUUCUACUUGUUUUACUAAGAUAUCAAUAUGAAAUGAUAAACAGAAAGCUUUUUCUAAUCAACUUAUCAAAAGUACAAUAUGAAAACAUUUUAGAAGAUUUAUUACCCUCAUGGGUAGUUAUUGUAAAGUAUAAUAAAUUAGCUGGCUUAUUGGAUAUUGAAAAGAUCAAUAAACAUUUGAAAGAAAAGUUCAAUUUAUAUAACAACGAAGCGUUACGCGAUUUUUUGAGAAAAUUAGUAUUUUUUGAUACUGAAAAUUAAAAUGCUUAAUAAUUUAUAAAAAUUGAACAUUAGAUAAUUAAAGAUCUCAAAUUAAAAAAUGAAGAUCAUCCUGUUUAAAAAUAUUUUGCUGUUUUAGAAGAUCCAAAUAAUUCUAGAAUAUGGAAAUUCCGAGUUACUUAAGUUUAUUUCAAUUCAUUUUAACCUUAAGUAUUAUUGUUUUUUGAAGAAAUUCAAGAGGAUAAAUAUGAUUAUUAUGUAAAUGCAAUAGAACAAAGAGAUAGAUAAUUAUAUGUAAUAAAUUAAUAUAUAUUUUAAGUACAAUGCAAAAGUAAGUUUAAAAUAAAUAAAUUAUCAACUUGAAAUCAUUUAAUAAUUUUAUCAUGAAAUUUCAAAACAUGAAUGCUUAACACCAGUUUAACAAAACUUAAAAUAAUAAUUGCAAUUAAAUUAUUUUCUUUACAAUUUAAAUAGCAAUCUAUUUAAUUAAUAUCAGAUAUCAUAUAGAUAAAUUUAGAGUGAUAUAAGUAACUUUAAAUUGAAUUAAUUUAUAACUGAUUUAUGUCUUAACCUUUAAAUAGAACAAAACUAAGAUAAAAAUGAUGAUUAAAAUUUGAAUCCAAAGAAUAUAUUUUUGAAGACUGAUAAAUAAAAACUUAUUUCUAUUAUUAUGAACUUAGUUUAAUUUAUUAAACUACUACUUUCUAUUAUUCAUUGUGAUAACAGUAUUAUAAAUUAAGCAUAACCUUUAAAAUAAUCAAUUAAACUUUCCAUAAAAUAACCCAAGAAUCUUGAAGACUCCUUAUAAUUCACUUUGAGUCAUCCUAGUUUAAAUAUUAACAAUUCAAUUAUUACAUAAUUAUAAGAUAUUCAACCUUUCUCAUUGGAUGAUGAUAAAAGAAAUUGGGAAUAUAAAAAUUAUUUUGAUAAAAUCAUAAGUAUAAAUCAAACUUUGUAAUAGAUGUUGAAUAUGUAUAAGAAAGAAAUAUCAUCAUACUAAUGUAUUUCAAUUGAUAAUUCGAAAUAAAUCAAUCCUUAAUAUUAAAAGGUCAAUGAUUAAAUUAAAUAGUAAGAGUAUAAUACUGUUGGAUUUAUUAUAGCUCAAUAUUUUGUAAGUAGAUUAGGCCCAUAUAAUAAAUUUACUUUCAAAUAGUCAUGCUAUGAUUUAGAAGGAUAUAAUACAUCUUAAUACAUAGGAUUACAAUAAACAAAAAUACAAUUCUCUAUCUAUAAAAAUUAUUUAAGUUUUUAAAAAGAAAUGUUAAAUGAUAAAUUGAAUUAUUUUGAAAAUGAUGUGUAAAUCUAAUCUGGAAAAAUGACAAAUUAAGAAAUCUUUUAGAAACUAUAUUAAUUAACUCGCAAAACAAAAUGA